UGUCCGGUUUGAUCGUAUAUAGUUGUCUGACACAAAAGCGCAAAAGAAAGCUUCCUGAACGCUGCACCUCCGUUUCUCUCGCUUCCUCCGCCGUCGCAAAUCGCCGCCGCAAGCCGCCGCAGCGAGCCGCCGCCGCCACCGGAAAGUCGCCUUCUCUGCCGAUCUCCUCCUCCCCCUUUCUUCCAGCCAAGAGGCAACAUGUCGUCGCUCGCUGCGGCGAGAGCUGAUAACUUCUACUACCCGCCGGAAUGGAGCCCGAAGAAGGGUGGAUUGAACAAGUUCCACGGCCAGCAUGCGCUCAGGGAGCGGGCAAGGAAGCUCGAUCAGGGCAUCCUGAUAAUAAGAUUUGAGAUGCCUUUCAACAUUUGGUGUGGUGGAUGCAAUUCGAUGAUAGCGAAGGGAGUAAGGUUUAAUGCUGAGAAGAAACAAGUCGGAAAUUAUUACUCUACCAAGAUAUGGAGCUUCACCAUGAAAUCACCCUGUUGCAAGCAUGAAAUUGUCAUACAAACAGACCCAAAGAAUACUGAAUAUGUCAUAAUCAAGGGAGCCGAGAAGAAGACCGAAGAUUUUGAUGUUGAGGAUGCAGAGACACUGCUGCUGCCUGCAGAUGAAGAUCGAGACAAGCUAGCGGAUCCUAUGUAUCGGCUUGAACACCAGGAAGAGGAUCUUCAGAAGAAGAAAGAAGCUGAGCCAGUUUUAGUUCGCCUUCAACGACUCUCUGACAGCCGUCACUCUGAUGAUUAUGUGCUGAAUAAAGCACUCCGCGAUCGUCUUAGGAGCCAAAAAAAGAGGGUUGCAGAAGAGAAGUCGUCGGCAAGAAAGAUGGGCCUCGGAGUGCGGCUCUUGCCUCCCUCUGCAGAAGAUGCCGCCACGGCAGCUUCAGUGAAGUUUGCAUCAAAAUUUGAGAAGAGCAGAAAGGACAAGAGAGCAGCAAUCAAGGCUGCCUCCAUCUUCCCGGAGUCAUCAAGCUCAGCCUCAAAGGGCAAAUUGGACCUGGCACUGAAGAGGCGUAAUAUUAAAGCCAGCGCGGUCACCGCCCUGAUGGCAGGCAGGGUGAAGCCGUCCUCGUGGCGGAGUGCCGGUUCCGCGAGCUCAAGGACUCAGAUGCCAGUUCUUGCAGUACGCAAGUAGGCAGCUCGCGCUUUUCAGCUUAAGCUUGUGCGAUAUGGGCAUGUCCUAUUAGUUUUGCUGUAAAAGCUGUGCCUGAAGUUGUUGUCUUGCUUUAUUAUAUGAAUGAAUGGAAGGAAAUUGCUAUGGUUUUGGCUGCAUUCUGGAUUCCUAUUAGCGCUUUUUGGCUUCUAGCAGUGUGCUUUAAACUGGAUUUGCGUCUGUAUAUAUGAUUGUCGCCCUGUA